UUUGAGGAUUUCAUGGUGGCCCCACCAGCGGACUAUAUUAGCCUGAUGGUCUUCCCCACUUCAACCACUCACUUAUCCACAAUACCGAAUUGCAAAUAUUAAUCAACCAAAAAUCUCCGAGCUCACUAUGGAGAAGGAUAAGCGCCUCUUGAGCCUAUAUGGAAUAGUUCCCAGCAGAGAGAACCUUCUUCAUCAUCAGUUAGAAGGAAGAAAGUAUUUCGAUUCGGGUGAUUUUGCCCUCGCGCAAGCCAAUAGAUCUUCCGAUAUCGGUACCGUCAAGACCGGUAGCGAACACCCCAUUCGGCGAGAUAUAUCAGACCCUUCGUGUCCAGUACCGAGCUCUAGCAAUCUUGACGAUAACGCCAACCAGCAUACAUCACCUGAGAAGAAAGCUGGCGAGCUGAAGUUUACUAAUCAUACCCACCUCCAACAAGAGACGGUGGUCCAGCGAGAGGAUGAGCAUCGGGAAACGAAGCAGGAACACAACGUCUAGAUGCUGGCUAUUGUGAUUUAGCUAGCCGACCCGCCUGGUUAGCAACCAGAAGCUCAAUAGUAUUAAAGAAUACCCCAUCUGUAACAGGAUAGGCUUCGGUAUGCCUGGAAUCCUAGGGCUCAUUUAACCGCGAUGGGUAAUAUACAACUUAUAAAUAAUCAUCAUCUUUCCGAACGAUGU